AUGACAAAAGCACCAGCAGUUGUAAUAGUCGUCAGACAUGGUGCGAGACUCGACGCUGCCGACCAAUCAUGGCAUCUAACAUCGCCAACACCAUAUGACCCGCCGCUCACGUACGGUGGUUGGAUUCAGUCGAGAGCGCUGGGUUUGCGUAUAGCUAGCCUCCUCCACGAACGUGAAAAGGCCAAAGCCUCGUCGGGCACCUCGUCGCCUGCUGGACCACCUUCAGAUGCUGGCCUCGGCAUCAAGGAAUCUGCCCUCUCCGAAGCCAACUUACAAGCCCGGUCGACGUCCAGGUCGCGAAAGAAACCCAGGAAACACAAGGUCGUCAUCCAUUCGUCGCCGUUCCAGCGAUGCGUCCAAACGGGUAUCGGCAUCAGCGCCGGCUUGUCGCAGUACCAGGGCUUGCCAGCCGUCGCCCGCAAGAGCAGCGAUGCACGCAUCAAGACACUUGGCCAGCUCCGUGGCUCCCCCAGCCUGCGACCGAGGGACGCUUCCGCCUCUCCUCAGUUACGCCCGGUACCUGAACACGAACAAGAGUCGCGCGAGUAUCCGCACAGCUCCCUGAGAGAGCAGAAAGACCCUAUACCACAAAGCCGCACCACUCUCCGCGUGGAUGCCUUCUUGGGCGAAUGGCUGUCACCCGACUAUUUUGAGAUGAUUACGCCGCCUCCCGAGAGCACCUUGAUGGUCACAGCCGCAAAAGCUGAACUGCUCCGCCAGGCAGACAAGAUCGAGACUUAUACACCGUCGUCCCCUAUCCACUCCAGUUCAGUCAGCAAUGUGCCCUCCCCUUUGUCGCAUGAAACCAAUGGCCCCUUGGAAAACUGGCACGUCUUCUCGCGCGACGUGCCUGCGAGAGAGCGUACAAACAGCCUGGGCACUACCAAAUCUCCCGAGCACUUCAGACCUGCCGAUGCCUCGCCUCUGACUCACAGGCACGAAAACUCGCUUGGUUACACUCCACCUACCCCGACCUAUGCCAUCUCUCCUGGCGACCCUAUCCCUCGUGGUUACGUUGCUCACGCCCGUGAUCAGUGUGUCAAAGUCGAUUACAAGUGGGACAGCAUGCGCGAGCCGCAUUGUUGGGGUGAUGGUGGUCGCUUUGGCGAGGAAUGGAGCCAGAUGCACAAGCGAUUCCGCCAUGGCCUGUCUAGUAUGGUGGACUGGUAUACCACGACUCAGUCAGAGUCGAAGCAACCCGCCCAUCAUGGCCAAGAAGCUGCGUCUGCAGCGAUUGACGAUGACGAUGAAGAUCUCGUAGUAGUCUUGAUUACUCAUGGAGCCGGCUGCAAUGCUUUGAUUGGUGCUCUCACCAAUCAACCUGUACUACUCGAUGUCGGCAUGGCCUCGCUCACCAUGGCCGUGCGAAAAGAUGACGCAUCUGCCUCGUCUACAAGCGAGCACAUGUCACCAAUCGGUUCGCCAGCUCCAGGCAACUCGCCCAUUCUUGAUCCUGCCGACGCUGUUCGUCGUCCAUUACCGCGUCGUCAGAGCUCUAUGGAUUCUGGUUUGUCCUCUCACUACGAGAUGAAAAUCGUUGCAUCGUCUGAGCAUCUUCGUCCUGGUGUUGAUCCCACCAAAGCGUCUGCACCUGCGACAUCUUCCCCCAUCAUGUCUGCUUCACAGGCUGUGCCUCAAUCACGUAGUCGCCGAUUUGGGUCUGCCAGUUCGCAUGCUUCAGCAGGCGCACCCGUUGACUCGAACUGGAAUUUGCCUGAGCCAAGAGCCAGGAUCAAUAGUUCGCUUGGCAGCAUGCGCCGUCCAUCACGACCUGUCAUUGCUCCUGUGGUAACGAGUCCUGUUCUUCCGUCUGCUGUGAAGAACGACUCGCCCACUGGCCUUUGGAAUCCGAUCAGUGCAAAAGAUAGCGAUUCACCCAACUUCCUCAACACCUUAGCUCGUUCGAACUCAUUAGCUGCACGCCUGUCAGCUCCUAAGGCAUCUAAUUCGGAGCGUUCGGUGUCACCCAAAGCUGAACCCAGAUCGACGCCAGUGGAAACGGAAGAGACUGCCAUCAAAGAAGAAGCCAAGUCAAGUGUUGCUGCGCUGCCCACAGUCGAUGAAACACCACCACCAAAGUUGGCUCGGUCUCUCAGCCAAAAAGGUCUCUGGGGAAGUGCUCCGAACGGUGCUUUUCCUCGUGAAGCGGGAAUACCGAAGAGACGCUGGACUGUGGUGCAGGACUGA